AUGAAUUCUGAAAAGAUUAUUGAAAUUAUCAUUGCUAUUUUCUUACCACCAGUGGCCGUGUUUAUGAAAUGUGGUGCCACUACCCCAUUAUGGAUUAACUUGGUAUUAUGUAUCUUUAUUUGGUUCCCUGCUAUCUUGCAUGCCUUAUACGUUGUUUUGAAAGAUUAA